AGGGGUUUCUUUCUACACCACCACCGCCACCACCACCUACCCAACUUCCAGCGCGGCUUUGCGCCCAAACCAUACAGCAACAGCACAGCACCAGGACGCAGAGACCAGUACAUCCCACAAGUGCAAAGCAGCUGCGUGCACUGUAUAGAGCAGCAUAUCGUACAGGCGCCCGACUAAUGGUAGCGUAUACACCUAUCGAGACUGUUUCCACUAAUCCGCGUCUAAAAUAGUUCCGCUUCGCGACUGCUACUACGUGAAUACUCCUGCACCUCUCGCUCGUGCGACGCCGCAAAUGACGCGACUACAGCUGACAUAGCUAGCAUCGCGCAAGUAUCAGCCACUGUCGUUUCGUUUCUUUUGUUUCUUCCGUUUCUUCCGUUUCUUCCGUUUCUUCCGUUUCUUCGUCUCCCCAUGGUGGAACGCCCUCUCUGCCGCCCUCCGCUCGUCCGCACAGGCACCUGCAAGUCACUAUCAUCCUCUCCCGCGCCCACAUGUUACCCCGCGCGCGCCUAGCACCGCCCUUCCCUCUGCCUCUCCGCGCGCUAUUCCUCUCUCCGCCCAUCCGCCCCCCCCAGCAAUGUCACCGAACUCGGCGCUCUCGCCGCUCCCGCUGCUGCUCCUCCUGCUCGUCCUCCGCCCGCCACCGGCCUCCGCCAAAAUCCCCCACCCCUUCAAGGCGUCUCUCCACAUCGUGAGGCUUCGCUCUGCACCGGCCGUCGGAUCGUACCGAGGAGGAAUCAACGGGUAUCCAGCCACCGCGGCGUCUGCAGGUCCAGCGAGCAAGGGCAGCACAGACUUACCCAGUCACAGCACAGCCCAACACCCUGACACCGCCACUGGGGCUUUCACCGCCACUGGCGCUCGCAACUCCACUGGGGGCUUUACCGCCACCGUGUCUUCCCCUACCGCCUCCACAUCUUCGCCUUCUCCCACACACUCCAACUCAUCAUCCUCCCCUGCCUUCUCCGCUGCAGCAGUGGCAGAUCCAGAGGGCGGACAGCACCGUGAGCAGCAUGAGCAGCAUGAGCAGCAGCGGCGGCGGCAUGAGUGGCGGGAGCAGCGGAGGCGGGGGAAGGUGGACGUGGGGGCGGAGCACGUGCAGCAGUUCGCGCGGUUCCUGCAGCAGCAGCAGCGGGCCGUGGCGGCAGAGACGGGCGUGUCGGAGGACAGCCUCGUGCACCAUUUCAAGUUCUCCAGCCACGCCUUUGCGGCCCUCCUCACGCCCCUGCAAGUGUGGCGCCUCUCGCGCCACCCCGCAGUGGCGGCAGUGCAGCCGGGCGACGGGCUGCUGUACCCGCAGACCACGGCGUCGGCGCGCUUCCUGCGCCUUCCCACCACGACGUGGGCCACCAUCGGCGGCGCACAGUCCGCAGGGGAGGACGUGGUGAUCGGCGUGGCGGACAGCGGCGUCUGGCCCGAGCACGACUCCUUCAGCAGCAAGGGCAGCGACCUGUACGGGGGCCAGCCAGUGGACUACCAGGGCGUUUGCGACGUGACGGAGGACUUCCCCGCGUGCAACACCAAGGUUCUGGGCGCGCGCUACAUGUACCAGGGCCUCGUGAAGACCGGCCAUGCCAUCGACCUCACUGUCGACUACCUCUCGCCGCGGGACGUGCUAGGCCAUGGCUCCUGGUGUGCCGGCGCAGCAGCGGGCAACCGCUACAUCAAGGCGGUGGGCGGGCCGUUCACGCGGCAUCUGGGCAUGGCGAGCGGCAUGGCCCCGCGUGCGCGCAUAGCAGUGUACAAGGUGGUGUGGCGCACGCAGCUAAUCCCCGGCAUUGGCGGGGUGGCGCCCGGGCCCGGGGGCGUGGCGUCGGUGGUGGACGUGGAGGCGGCGGUGGACUUCGCCAUUCAGGAUAAAAUCGACGUGCUGCUCGUGCCGCUCAGCGGGCGGUUCAGCCCGCGCGCCUCCUACUUUGACCAUGUCUCGUACCUGACUGCGUUUGAGGCAGGGCUGACGGUGGUGAAGCCAGCGGGCAACAGGGGUGUCAUGCUGGGAGUGCGCACCCUUGAGAACUACUCCCCCUUCUACCUCACUGUUGGCGCCAGCUCCAUAAGCCGAUCACUAGCAAUGGAUGGCGCACGCAUCAAAGGCUACUCCUCAACCACCGCCACCACCGCCGCCACCGCCGCCACCACUACCUCCACCUCCAAACACCACCUCGCUUCCACCUCGUCCUCCUCCCCCUCCUCCAACUCCUCCCUAUCUCCCUCCGCCAUCACCCCCAAGCGCCGCCAUGCGUCGCUGGCUGCCCUGGCGUCCAGCCUGGAGGGCGUGCAUCUAGUGGGGGACUGGUCGCGAGCGCAGUACCACCCCAUGGUCCGAGCUGCCUCCGUGGCUCGCACUGCUGCUGGCAGGAGGAAGGCAUCCCUGUGCAUGCCUGGCUCUCUUAACCCGCUGCUGGCACUGGGCAAGGUGCUGGUGUGCGGCUCUGGAGGCACAACCCGGCAGAAUAAGAUUGCUGCAGCGGCUAGGGCAGGGGCACGGGGCGUCGUGCUGACGUAUGCUGACACAGAGGGGGUGGAGGAGGGGGAGGGGGGAGAGGAGCAAGAGGCAGAAGAGGAGGGGAGUGGGGAGGGGAAUGGGUUGGGCGGUGAGAAUGGUGGGGUGACUGGUGGGACGAACUCAACCGGAGGGGGACCGGGGCUCAACCUCAGAGGAAGCGCACAGAACGAUGUGGGGGGUGGGGCAGAGAGCGAGAAGCUGGGAGCACCAUCGCCAUCAACAGCACCAUCACUCACACCACCGGCUGCAUCUGGAAAUGCAGCAGCAGCAAUGGCAGAAGCAGCAGCAAUGGCAGCAGGGGGGGGAUUGCCUGUGAUGGAGUUGGAUGCGCAGACAUCAACACUGCUGGGGAUACGACUGGGAGGAAUCAUCAACCUCAUCAACCCCAUGCUGUGGCUGCGUUUCCUGCAGCCCCUGCGGCCACCAGUCAUCGACAUCACCUCGUCCACGGGCCCGGUGGCCAUGCCCCUGGCGCGCCCGGCGGGCGGGCAGCCCUUCAACGACCUGCUCAAGCCUGACGUCAUCGCGCCGGGGGUCAUGCUCUGGGCGGCCACCCCAGGGGGCGCGCGCACCAACCGCUUCCGCAGGCUGUCGGGCUCCUCAAUGGCCGCAGCCCACGUGGCGGGCGUGGCGGCGCUGAUCAUUCAGCAGAACCCCACGUGGCUGCCGGGGAGAAUCAUGUCUGCUAUCAUGACCUCGGCCAGGCCGAUCAACGUGUACAACCGGCCCAUCCGCAUGUGGAACGGGCUGCAGGCGGAUCCUUGGAUGAUGGGGUCUGGCCAUGUGAACCCCGCGCAAGUUCUCGACCCUGGACUCACUUUUGACCUCACUGCGACCGAUUUGAAGAAUUUUCUCGCCGGGCAGAACAAGAAGCGGACGGCCAAGAUCUUUCCACUGGCUACACUGGAGCCGAUUGAUGGCAUUCAGCUCAACCGGCCUUCCAUUGCAGUGUCGCACUGCGCUGGGACAAUAACAGUGGCGCGAACAAUCACCAAUGUCGGCGCUAUUCCGGCGACUUUUGUAGCUAAGGUGAAAGCACCUUUCCUUGUGAUAGUAAAGGUGAUCCCUCCAAGGAUCACACUAGCCCCAGGGGACUCAUUCCGGUUCCUAGUGAGUAUCACGGGGUUGGUCCCACGCCCUAGAUGGAACUUUGUAUCUGGGGCUAUCAUCUUCAAGGAUAACUAUAGGCACAAGAUCAGGAUCCCGAUCACUGUGCAACCUUCAUUAUUUUAAGUGUUGUAUCUUUGAAAUGAACGGUGUUGAAGUAUACUCGAA